AUGGUGUCUGUAAACCCUAGACCUGCUCAGGGUUUUCCAUUUUCCGAUCCCGUGAAUAUGAGUUUACCGGGUUUCAAUUCCGACUCCGAUGGAUUUGGUUUGACCCCGAUUGCUCCGGUCACCGGACGGUCCAAUACGGUGUCGUUUUCUGAGGAUCCGGCGACGAAGAUUCGGAAGCCUUACACUAUCAAGAAGUCGAGAGAGAACUGGACAGAGCAAGAACACGAUAAAUUUCUAGAAGCUCUUCACUUAUUCGAUCGAGAUUGGAAGAAAAUCGAGGCAUUUGUUGGAUCAAAGACAGUGGUUCAGAUACGUAGCCACGCGCAGAAGUACUUUCUCAAAGUUCAGAAGAGUGGUACUAACGAACACCUUCCACCUCCUCGACCAAAGAGGAAAGCGAGUCAUCCGUAUCCUCAAAAGGCUCCUAAAAAUGUUGCUCUUACGUCUCAUGUCGUUGGAUCCCUCCCAGUUUCGAAUGCACCGUCGUUGCUUGAACCUGGUUACUUGUACAGCUCUGAUUCACAGUCAUUGCUGGGAAACCCGGCUGUUUGUGCGUCUAGCUCUUCUUCUUGGAAUGAUGAAUCAACAAAUCCACCAAAACCGUUGAUCCAAGAGGAACCAGGAGUCUCGGCCACGGCUCUCCCAAAGAAUCGCUGCUACAGCACUAGUAGUAAGGAAGAUACACAGAGGUUACGAGCAGUGACAAAGCCAAAAGAUGAAGAAAGUUGUGAUAAGCCACACAGAGUGAUGCCAAAUUUUGCUGAAGUCUACAGCUUCAUUGGAAGUGUCUUUGAUCCCAACACAACAGGUCACCUACGGAGAUUAAAGGAGAUGGAUCCAAUAAACAUGGAAACGGUCCUUUUACUGAUGAGAAACCUGUCUUUAAAUCUGACAAGUCCCGAGUUUGCAGAACAAAGGAAGUUGAUAUCAUCAUACAGUGCUAAAACUUUGAAAUAG